CUCACUCAGGCGCGUUCACAUACAUUCAUAAGACCAGGUAAACCGCUCCCAGGCGCGAUGCGCGAUGGCUAGAAUAAGACGCUCUAAUCGUGCGUCUGGAUCCUGGCGUUGAUGCAGAUGCUCGACUGCAAGUAAAGGGAGGGACACCCCGGUCCAUCCUCGCCCUACGGCCGCUUGCCUCAUCGCGAUAAACGCCGGGAGCAAGCAAAGACAUCAAGGGGCUUCCUCACCCACCUUUGCUCGAGAUAAAAAAGGGGGGAAAAUACGGAGCUGGAUCAUCAGAUGUCAUCUCGGCGGAGCAGGAGAGCCAUGCAUUCUUAAGCAGCAGCACUCCAGGAUACAUCUGGCCCCCAAGUCUGUCUGAUCUUCGCAUCGUCGCUGGACAUUUUGCUGGUGAGGGAGCGCCAGCGCCAGUGAGCCAAAAGCAGCAGAGCACUUUCCCUUUCUGGCCUGGCCCGCAGAUUCGAGCAGACGCGCUACUAGAUGGGGAGAGAAAGCCAGUACUGGGGGCUCUAGGGGGAAGGGGGGGCAGAGAUCCGGGGCCGAGCUGCCCCCUUAUGCGCCGUCCACAGCCUUCUCCCAGUCAAGGCGCCUUGAUGAGCUCCUCGUCCCGGGCCACGGCGCUUUAGCUUGGGCAACAAGGGCCAUCCUGGGGAGAGGACCACGGGAGCUUUGAUGCAUAUGAUCACAACCACCAUGAUUUUUAUGAUCCUCGGUGCUUCUGUUGUAAUGGCGAUAGCGUGUCUGAUGGACAUGAACGCACUGCUGGAUCGCUUCCACAACUACAUCCUCCCGCAUCUACGAGGCGAGGACCGUGUGUGCCACUGCAACUGUGGAAGGCACCAUGUCCAUUAUGUAAUUCCAUAUGAUGGGGACCAUUCGUUGGUGGACUCAUCGGAGAACUACUUUGUGAGCGACAGUGUGACAAAGCAGGAGAUGGACCUCAUGCUGGGGCUGUUGCUAGGCUUCUGCAUCAGCUGGCUGCUACUGUGGCUGGAUGGAGCGUUACACUGCGCUGUGAGGGCCUGGAGGGCCAGCCGCUACUAUGAUACACCGUCCUGGUCCUGGCUCCCUCAGUUCUGUAACCUGCGGGAUCUCCGCAGACGUGCACAGUUACGACAGCUGGAAGACUCCAGUGGAAACAUGGUGCACAUCAAGCAGAAGCUCUACCAUAACGGUCAUCCCAGCCCCCGUCACCUUUGACUCUCAACAGCAGUACCCCCCCCAACUGUCCCAUUACCAAAUGCUGCCUCAGAGACCCUCUUCAACAGUCCCACUGCUGUCAGAACCACCUUCUAGACUUUCUACGGCCACCCGACACAGUCCAGUAUUUUGAGAAAAAAAAGAAGACUAAGACUCAAGAAGAAAGAAAACGCAACUUUUGUCCACGCACCAUGUUUGUGGGGGGAGGUAGGGGGAGGAGGUAAGAUGAUUGGGGGUCUUUUUUUCUGUACAGGCAUUGUCAUUUUUUAAUUGUUAAAUCUAGGCAUGCACUUUUAAAACGGGAUGGGAUAGGCAUUCACAGCGUUUAAAUGGGGCAGCGAGCCUAGGGUGAUUUUCAUUUUUGGUCUUAUUGCUUUUUUCAUUGGAAUGGAUUUUGGGACACAUGUGGGUGGGGCUGAUGAGCGAAAGGGUGGGAAGUGGUGUCAUGGUUUUUGUGACGGCGUAGUUAAAAGAUUACUGCUUGUGUAAAUAGUUAUACAUAUUGUUUUAUGGGACUUAAGUCAACACAGGGUUAGGGGGUCAUUAGAAAUGAGCUAUAAUUCAUGUGCCAGGAAAACAGGCUAACGGAGAGUGAAAAAAAAAGUCACGAAAACAGAAGUGAGACGUGGAUGAAAAUGGAUCUCUGUAAAAUAUUGAUUGAUCAGCUUUGUUACCUAGUGAAAUCAAUGAAUGUAUGUAAUUUUAUCUGUAAAUAAAGGAGAGGGAGGGUGAGACCAGUCGAACGGUCAGGGCUCUUUGUGCUGGACUGAGCGUUUCUGAGUUCAAAAUGAGAGAGAGAGCCUUCAGCACUUGCCUUGUCUUCCCUUCACUGUGUCCAAUAACCUGUCCAGGUCUCCUUUUAAAUAACUCCCGAGUCAAACAAGAGCAAACCAGCGUGCCAGCACAGAGAGCCCUGACCCACUUUCCCCUUCCUCUCCAUGUCCAGACAUUGCUGUUGUGAAGAUGAAAUGUCUGUUUUAUUAAAAGUGCCAUUGAAGCACAACAGUGA